GGGGUCUGGGAGCGGAGCCCGCCCCCCGAGGCGCUCGCGCCGCCAGCGCCGCCCCCGGCAGCAGCGGAGUCCCCGCCCCUCCCUGUGACGCCCCUCCCGCGUGGGCGGGGCCGGAAGCGGCGGGGCGCCGGAGCGGGAGCGGCGGAGCGCCGAGGGGGCGCCGGCAGCGGCAGGAUGGAGGCCGGGCCGGGCCUGCAGGAGGAGUACCGCCGGUGCCUGGAGAGGGACUUCCGCAGGGGCCACGUGGGGCCCUGCAGCGACGCCUCCCUGAAGGACCUGCUGUGGCAUCACCUGCUGGAGGACCCGGAGCUGCACUGCAGCCUGGAUGGGGAGGACACCUUGGCCACGCUGGCCACCGCCCUGCGGGGACACCUGGACGCCAAAGGGGCCCUGCGGGACCUGGCCAGGGCCUUCGAAGUGCUGGAGCUGGCGGCCGUCAACCUGUACUUCUUCCCCUGGCGCAAAGAGUUUGCCACCAUCAAGACCUUCUCCGGGGUCUACGUCCACGUCCUUCAGGGGGUCCUGCCAGAGGCCGACCUUGCCCGGAGCUUCCGCCGACUGGGCUACGUACAGCAAGACCGCCUCCACCUGGUGAAUUCUCGACUGCCGCCGAGCGCCAACCUGCUCUGUGCAGCCUGCUGCUUCUUUGCGGCCAGGGUGGAGUGCCAGAUCCUGGCGAAAAUUGUGGAGGAAUUGGAGCCGCGGGUGGUGCCGCCCGAUGAGCUGCUGAGGGCCCGGAAGGAGGCCAGGGGCAGCCUGGAGCGGUGCGUGGCCAAGCUGCAGAGCCUGACACGGUGGCCACGGAGCCGCGAAGUUCGCUCAGACCUGGCCGGCGGGUUCGAUCUCUACCGGGAGAGCGCUGAGGGGCACGGCUUCUACAGGGAGCCUGCAGGCAGUCGGCUCUGGGGCCAGGAAACCUCCUCCUCCUCCCUCAGCGAGUGCGGCAGCCCCCGGCUCCUAAGGCGGAGCCCCCAGCCACUGGCAGAGUGCCGGAGCGAGCCCCCCUGGAGCCGGGAGUCUUCCUGUGGCAAUGGAGUCCUGGGCUCAGACGCGCCCGACCUGGCCACCUCCUUCUCCUUCAUCUCCUUGAGGCGGGAGCUCAGCAGGACCUCUGAGGCGGACUUUCCUGCUCAGCUGGGGAGUCCGUUCCUCUUCUCGGGUCUGGGGGGCUAUGAGAGUUCCGACCCCCCCUCGCAGGCGACCAGCAGCCCGGCCUCUCCUCCGUCCAGGCAGCCCAGGAGCCUCCACCUCAGCCCGGCCAGCCUGCACAGCAGCCCUCAGGGACUGAGCCCCGAGCCGGCCCACUACCAGAUGCACUCCUGCCUGCUCCCGGGGGCCCUGCCCGGCUCCUGCUGCAACACCUGCCGGCUGCUGCACGUCAGCAGCUGCGAUGGGGCCCAAGUCUGCCGGAACCGCCACCACCUCGUGGAAGAGCUGCAGAGCGAGAAGCAGCAGCGCCUGUGGCUGCAACGGACAGAGGUGGACAGGCUGCUGCGGGAGGGGGCGGGGCCCUGGCAGUAGGACCGGCGACGCCCUGCGAGGUCACCAAACCUGCUUUCCCCCUCUGGCUGGGGGGAGGGGGGGCAGAGUCCAAAGCGGCCAAGCCCCUCCCCCCCUUCUAACAGAACGGAGCUGGACAGAGGACUGGAGAUGGGAUGGCUUUGCCCGGCUUCAGUGAAGGGCCGAGUCCAGCACCCAUGAAGUCUGCAGGUGGCAGGUGGGGAGCAGACCUGCCAGGAACCCUGAUUUCUAGGGCUGGGAUUGUGGGUUUCUGGGUGCCCGUCUCAUCAGGGAAGGCCUCCUUUGCCUGUUCCGGGAUUUGGGUGGCCCGAGGCUGCUCUAGCUUGUCCUGUGAGCUCCUGCGUACGGUGGGGGCCAGAGAAGAGCCUCCUGCUCAAGCCCCCAGUCAGGGAGGAACCGCGGGCAGCAUUUACAAAACCGGAAGGGGCCCCGUGAUGGCAGUCACUUUGCUGAUGUUUCUCAUGAAAGAUGCAGUUGUAAUAAACAUACCUGAAAGCUACCUGGCUUACUGGAUCUCUGGACACCC